AUGGCUUUACUAACUUUCUUGCCGGAAAACGCAGAGCCACCGAAACACACUCCACCGCCAAGCAAACGCAAGAAACGUGACAAACCCAACGACCAAACGCAGACGCAGAAGUCGCACAAACCACACAAAUCUCAGAAACCGAAGAAAGCAGCACCUCAGAAGCAACCGUCUUCGUGGGACCAAAUCAAGAACCUAUUGACUUGCAAGCAAAUCGAAGGGUCAAGAGUCCACGAUCCUUCCAAGAACUCUCAAUCUGGUCCGUCCACGACGACGACAACGACUCACUUAUCUCCUUCCAAGCUCGGCUCUUCGUGUAGCUCCAUCUGCAGCUUCCGAGACGUGGCUCACGGCAACACUCGUGUUGUUCACAGAGCCGACCACUCUCCAGACGUAGCUAACUCGGCUACUGCUGACUCGGAGACUCGUCUUUUGACUCGGAAACCUGGUCAACACGGUUCUUCUUCAUCGUCUCGGUCUCUUACUUCUGGCGCCUCAACGAGAUCUACCGCCAGCGGAAGCUACACGUCAUCUUCCACGACGUCGUUUAGAGCCAUGCAGUUCCGUAAACUCUCCGGAUGUUACGAGUGUCACAUGAUCGUGGACCCUAGCAGGUAUCCGAUUUCGCCUAGGGUUUGUGCUUGUUCCCAAUGUGGAGAAGUUUUUCCGAAGCUUGAAAGCUUAGAGCUUCAUCAAGCGGUUCGUCAUGCAGUAUCGGAGUUAGGUCCGGAAGAUUCGGGCCGUAACAUAGUGGAGAUCAUAUUCAAGUCAAGCUGGCUUAAAAAGGACAGUCCCAUCUGUAACAUCGAACGGAUAUUAAAAGUCCACAACACUCAACGCACGAUCCAACGGUUCGAAGAUUGCCGAGACGCAGUGAAGGCGCGUGCGCUUCAAGCCACCAGAAAAGACGCUCGCUGUGCCGCCGACGGCAACGAGCUUCUCCGUUUCCACUGCACCACUCUCACUUGCUCUCUCGGAUCUCGUGGCUCCUCUUCUCUCUGCUCUAACCUCCCGAGUUGCGGCGUAUGCAACGUGAUCCGCCACGGAUUCCAAGGAAAAUCUUGCGCCGGAGGAGCAACCACCGGUGUGAGGACGACGGCGAGUAGUGGAAGAGCUGAUGAUUUUCUGAGAUGUAGCGACGAUGCGAGGAGAGUGAUGCUUGUGUGCCGUGUGAUCGCUGGGAGAGUGAAGCGCGCUGAAAUACCGGUGGAUUCUACGGUGGAGGAGAAGAAGUCUUCGGUGGAGGAUACUUCCGCGGUUGGAGUUUCGUCGAGUGGCGGUGUGUUUGACUCGGUGGCGGUCAACGCCGGAGUUUAUUCGAAUCUGGAGGAGCUGGUGGUUUAUAACGCGAGAGCUAUAUUACCUUGCUUCGUGGUUAUUUACAAAGUUUUAGAAUCUUGA